AUGUCUACCAUAAAUCAGAUAAUGUUGCCUGUUUCAGAAGUCUCCGAACUCUCGAGUCAUGCUCGAGGGGAGCUGGUCAAGAGCCUCUACGACGUGGCUGGAGUCUGCCACGAGGCGAUGGCCUCAGGCCCUGAGUGCAUCGCUCUCAGCGAAACGGACUUUGAGGAGCCGGCCCUCUCGUCGUCCGCCUCCUCGACAACAACCGCAUCCUUUCGUGUCACCGCCUCAUCUGUUGAAGACUCGUCUACACACCCUCGUCACAGGCAGACCGUCGUUGAGGCGAGUCCUGGGUCUGUUUGCCAAAACCCCUCCGCCUUCUGCCAUCCCAAUUCCCGUUUUCCACAUCGUAUUGUGCCCUUAUCCUGCCCGUCUCACCGCAUCACACAUACUCACAAUGUACCCCACACACACAUCAUACGCACACCGCGCAUACACACAUCACACAUGCAUCACACACUGAACACACACACAGCCAUACCUUUUCUUCCAUCAGCUCAGCACCAACCUCUGACGCCUCUUCACAUCGACACCGACUCUUAUGCUUCGCUGCAAGUGGCCGAGUGCCGCUUGGCGUCCACAUGUUGGCAGGAGGAUCCGGCCUAUGCGAGACUCUUGAGUCCGGGCCCCUCAGAGGCGGGGGGGGUG